AUGAGCUCCAGCCACCCUGAGCCCAGUGCUCAAGCACCCCAGAGCCCCCGUGCCCAGCCUUUGUCCCAGAGCUCUUCCAGUCUGCUGUGUGAAGGCCGGGAGCAGAGGCCAGAACUCCGCAAGAGUGCCAGCAGUACUGUCUGGCAAGCCCAGCCGGGCAAGGCCAGCACACAUUCCCAAGCCCCAGAGGAAGAAGGAUGCCAGAUGGAGAGCAUGGAGCAGGCUCAGGCCUUUAGUCCCCAGUCACCGCCUGGUGCUGUGGGCCGCUGGCGGAGCAGCACUGUGGGCAACGUGUCCACUAUGGGCACUGGUGAUCUGUGUCGCCUGCGGGCUCCCAGCGUGGCUGCUGUGCAGAGGAGCCACUCUGACCUGGCCCGUAGCAGCCAGACCCGUGGUCAUGGUGGAGCCCGGAAGGCCAGUCUCAGCUGUUCGGCUCUUGGAGGCUCACCUGUCCAUGGGCCUCAUCAGCCACCUGGUAGUGUUUCUGGCCAGGCUGACCAGACCAGUGUAGGUCUGGAAAAGGAUGUGGCUCAAGAGGAUGCGACUUCUAACUCCGCCUGGAUGCUGGGCGAGAGUCAGGUGUGUGAGCCUUCCCAGGAUCGGGAGGGUACAGCUGCCCACAGCAGCGGAUCCCAAGUUGGGCCCAAAGCCUCUGGGCAGCCAGCUGCCACCUCCUGCCAUGCUCUGUCCCCAGCUGCUCUGCUCGGAAGCAUGAGGGAGACAGGGGCUCCUGGCUGUUGCCAUGUCCUGCCUGCCACAGGGAUCUUGGCCUUUCCCAAACUGGUGGCUUCUGUGAGUGAGUCCGGGCUGCAGGUUCAGCAGGGGUUGAAGUUCCACUGUAAGUUCCACUGUAAGUUGCCCGCGGGGCUCCCUGGGCACACUCACUGCUGUGCCCACCCGUGGGGGACCACAGGCUUAGCCACAGAUCCAGGCUCCAGGACCAAAGAUGUGUGGACCAUGACCUCAGCCAGUGACUUGGCUCCCGGGUUGGCCUCAGCCCAGGAUGCUGGUGUGCAGGCAGCUCCAGUGGCAACCAGCAAGGCUGUGGCCACCAGCCCAUCCCUGGAAGCCCCUGUGUCCCUGCACAUCUUCCCAGAGGUAACUCUGGGGUCCAGCCUGGAAGAGGCAUCAUCUCCAGUGCGGGAUGUGAGGUGGGACUCCGAGGGCAUGACGUGGGAAGUAUAUGGAGCCUCGGUGGACCCUGAGGUGCUCGGUGUGGCCAUCCAGAAGCACCUGGAGAUGCAGUUUGAACAGCUGCAGCGGGCGCCAGCUAGCGAGGACAGUCUGUCGGCCGAGGGCCGCAGGGGCCCCCUGCGUGCCGUCAUGCAGUCCCUGAGACGCCCCAGCUGCUGUGGCUGCUCUGGAACAGCUCUCGAGUGAGGCACAAGGCCUGCAGGCUGGCCUGGCCCACAGACUGAGCCCUUGGGCAGGACCAAGGACCAUGGAGGCCUGUGCCCCUUGGCCCCAGCACAGGUGGGCACGUCUCUCACCUGGGCACUGACCGCCUACAGAAUGCAGGACUGAGCCUGGGGGUUCCAGCUCCACACAGCUGGGCUGGUGGGUUUUUCUUUUCUUUUCUUUCUUUCUUUUUUUUUUUUUUAAAGGGCUUGAUUCCCAAGAGUUCCAUGCUAGGCUCUGGACUUUGGGUUUCUGCACUGUGAAUAAGUGAGAUCCUCCGUGUUGUGUAAAAUCGCUGUAUUCAGUCUGCUCUCAGCACUUACUUUCCAUGUUUCCCACUGCCUCCAGGACUUUAUUGCCAAAGGCCU